AUCAAUUUUUUGGUAUUUCACAACCCAGCCUGUUACAGUCACAUUUGGUCCACCAUUUUGGAGUUGCCACAGAUUUUCAGAAAAAAAAUUUUACAAGUGUUGAAUAUUGUGGCAAAAAGACAAGAAGAUCGGUACGCGCCAAAAGCAACGGUAAACAGAGGGCACUGCGACACAAGGUUCUUGGCACGGGCAAACCCGGUGGACAGGACGACGGUAAUUCCGUUCCGGAAGCGAGGCACCUGGAAGAGGAAGAACUGUCAGGCGACGAGUCUAUCUAAGGAGGCGGCGACACAACUGUCAGCCGGACAGAGAAAAGAAAAAAAAACCGCCACGCAAAGAAAACAAAACUCCGUACAACUCACACCCGACAUUAGCGAGAAAACAGCACCAGCAGAAGAACAAGUUUAUCUUGAAACUAAUCCGGAGUCGCACAAUGAAUGCCAAACGUGUAAAAUAUUCGACGGCGAUCAAGGAGGAGAUUGUGCCCGUCAUCCUGCAGGAGGAGGAUCCGGAUGAGGUCGAGGAGGAGGAGGUGGAGGCCCAUGACGAGAGCGGUGACGGUGAUGGCGGUGAAACUCAAUACACCUAUGCCUACACCACCAACGAGGAUGAUGACACCGAAACGGCUGUGGUCACUCUCAGCGAUCGGGAUCACGAGGCUCUGGCCAAUGCCCAGGAGGUGAUUAUCGAUGAGAACGGCCAUCCUGUUACAUUGCAACAACUGGUGGAGAACAGCACAGUCGAGGAGGUGGAGACCAUUGAACAGGGCGAUGGUACGCACACAAUUCUGCAUAUUGUACCGAACAGCAUGCACGAUGACCAGGACGAGGAGGAGGUCGACGACGAGGAAGUUGAUGACGGCGAUCUGGAGGAUCAGGACGAAGACGAAAUGGUCGCUGUGGAGCAUGAGGUUGAGGGCGAGGACGAUGACGAUGAUGUUGGAUCUCUUGUCUUUGAGGGCACUAUCGAUCACAGUGCCGAGCAGGAGAUGCAUGGACGGAACAAGACCUUCUAUUGCCCCAAUUGCGGCAACUGUUAUAGUGCUGCCGGUUCGCUGAAGCUUCAUAUGCGCGCCUGCCUGCGCCAGCGGAACGAGGUCUCCACCGAGGAUCGCAAGUGCAAGGUAUGCAGCAAGGUCUUCAAUUCGGUGGCCUAUCUCAAGGAGCACAUGAUGCGACAUACCGGGGAGCAGCCAUACCGUUGCACUCGCUGCUAUCGCAAGUUCGUCGAUGAGUCGAAAUACGCCGCUCACAUGGAAUCGCACAAGCACCAGGACAAGCUCGAGGCCGAGGCCGUGGCACUGGCCGCUCAGCACGGUGGCAAGAAGGUGGUCGUCAAGGAGUUCAACUGCUCCUUUUGCUCCCAGAACUUCACCGUCGUCUUUGACGUGGGCCAAGUUAAGCGCCGGUAUGCUUGCGACUCUUGCCGCGACAAGUACUCCAAUGCCGAGGCACUGCGCCAGCACAAGCAGCAGGUGGAGGAGAAGCGCGAAUUCAGUUGCGAGCGCUGCGGUCGCAAGUUCGUGUUCGAGGGCUUCCUUCAGCGCCAUCUGCCCACCUGCGAUGGCAGCAUUAAGCGUCGUCGGGACAUGAAGUAGAGGCGGCGCCAGCGACGGCGAUCCCCUCCAGAGUCGCCGCCGCCACCACCACUACCACGCUACGUUGUUAUCGAUCAGGUCCAGCCGAAAAUAGAACUGGUUGAUGUGGAGCUGGAGGAACAGCACGGGGAGCUGGAAGAGAUUGAAGAGCUAGAGUUUCUGGAGGAGGACGACGAGGAACUGGACCUGUAUCUGGAGGGGCAGCAGUAGCAGGAGCAGGAGGAGAAGGAGAAGGAGGAGGAGGACCAUACUACACACUACUUAUCUACACUCUUUACACUUAAAGAACACACACAACAAAUAUAAGAAUAAGCAGCCUACUGGCCACAAAACAGUUUGGUAGCACAGACACACACCGCAUACAACUUUGAAACGGAAAAUGCCUCGGACAUCUUCUUAAUUAUUCCAAAGGAGACCGUUCUUAUCUACAUAUAUAUAUAAUUAUAUAUAUAUAUAUAUAUAUAAAAUUAUAAAAUAUAAUAUUGUUCAAUUUAUAAAUAUGAUGAUCGAGGCCAGCAAAGCGCUAUUAAAUAGAUGCAACCGGAUGACGGACGGCGGACGACGGAUGGCGGAUGGCGGAUGAUGGAUGGGCCAAUGUAUAGAACUUACAUAUAUUACUUACUUUUAAUUACGACUAUUUAAUGGUAAAUUCCCCUUACCCACACCUUAUGCUAUUAUCUAAUAAGGGAAUCCAAUCGAUGUUGAAUUCUAGAAUAAAGAGAAAUCCCAAGCACAGGGACAUUGAUUUCA